GAGCCCAUUUAUCGAUAACGCGGGGCCGGGUGGCGAUUUCAGUGGCAUAUUAACAAAACAGUUAGCGAAACUUGCAAGUUUCUGAGGAGUUGUGAAACUCAGCAACCAAGAUGCGCGAACAGCCCCUGAAGGAGGUGACCCAGCUAAUCCACGCCAUCAAAGUGGGGAUGGUGGAGGGCUCCUACAGCAUAACGAACAAGACGCUGGAUAUAUUCAAGUACAUCAUCAUGAGCAAGAGCUGGCAAAACGCCGACGCCCUUAUGCAGAUUGUGCGUGCCCAGUGCAAGAUCCUGCAGGCAGCUUUGCCCCAGGAGACGGUAACCUCGAACAUCGCAAGGAGGAUCCUAAAGCUGACGCGCGAGGAGUUCGAUCUGCUGCACGCCAAGGUGCAGCACUUUGCUGACGACUCUCAGGCCUCGCUAUCGCUCCACAAACUGGUCACCCAGACCAGUGAGAGUAACGUGAGCGUGGACUACUCGGUGCCUCAGCAGGGAUUGCGCGAGGCGUUGCUCGACCAUCUGCAGGAGGUCGAGACCGAGCUGGAAACCAGCUCGGAGAAUAUAUGCGUACAGGCCGAGGAGCAUAUCCACUCUUCGGAGAUCAUCCUGACACUAGGACACUCGCGCAGCGUCGAGAGUUUCCUCAAGCGUGCGAUCAAGAAGCGCCAGUUCCUCACCAUCAUUGUGGCCGAGUGUGCGCCCGCUUGUCGGGGCCACAAUCUGGCUGCCAGCUUAGCGGGCGAGAAAAACGUGGAGAUUGUCGUGAUCCCAGAUGCGGCCAUCUUUGCGAUGAUGUCGCGCGUCAACAAGGUAAUCAUCGGCACGCACAGUGUGCUGGCCAACGGCGGACUGAGGGCGGCAUGUGGAGCUUACACGGUGGCCUUGGCCGCCAAGCACUACUCCGUGCCAGUGAUCGUGCUGGCGCCCAUGUACAAGCUGUCGCCACUGCACCUGUGCGAACAGGACGCCUUCAACAUGGUCGGCUGCGCAGAGGACGUGAUCCCGUAUGACUCGAUUCCCGCCCGCGAGGCAAAGGUCUACAGUCCCAUGUUCGAUUAUGUGCCACCGGAACUGGUCACCCUGUUUAUAUCAAACACCGGUGGCCACGCCCCGUCGUAUGUGUACCGCCUACUCACGGAACUUUAUCACCCCGAGGACCUGGAGAUUUGAAGUCGUGAUUGUCUCGGUUAGGUUUUCUUCGCAAAAAAUCAUUCAAUAAACGCUGACCUUGAGUUCGGCAGAAAAAGGCUUCCUGAA